GAGACCGUCCCUAUCAACGAGGACUUUUUCCCCACCUUGACGCACAACAGCCGAGUAUACCAACAGUUCGCCAUCGAAAAUUACCAGUAUUUCGAGCCAAUAGACGAGGACGAGGCGGAUCGCCUGGAAGUACUCCAUUGGGUUCUUUUGAAAGUGCUCGAUGGAAGGUUGCUGCCCUCACAACUCAGCCGUCCGAGAAAAAUUCUCGAGUGCGGUGUUGGGCCGGGAUACUGGGCCAUGGAAGUAGCCAAAACAUAUCCGAAUUGCGAGGUAGUGGCUGUUGACAUAGCCCCUCACGUAUUGCCAUUGGAGGAGGCUCUCCCGGAAAACCUAGUUUUGCAGGUGGACAACGUUAACGAGAGGUUCACGUGGCGAAGAAACGAAUUCGACCUUGUCCAUAGCCAGAUGAUGGUGGGCGCCGUCAACGCAGACCGCUGGCAGAGCUACAUCCGAGACAUAUACCGAACCCUUCGGCCAGGGGGUUGGUGCCAGAUGGUGGAGAUAUACUUCAAUGCACAGUCCGAUAACGGUACACUGACGGAUGACCAUGCGUUGCGGAGGUGGUCAAGAUUGUACAUGGAGAGUAUCCAACCGUACAAAGACCCCAGGGCACCACUGCGCAUCGCGAGCUGGAUGCGAGAAGCAGGCUUUGUGGUGGCGCGGGAACCGAGACCCGUACCACUACCUACCUGCGGAUGGCCAAGAGACGAGAAUCAGCGCGAGGUUGGUGUUCUCAACAGAGACAACGUGCGUAGGCUUUUGUCGUCAUUGGCGCUGUACCCAAUGACGGUGCUCCAAGGCAUGGACAUCGCAGACUUCGAGCUCCUCGUGGCACAGGCAAGGAGCGAGGCGGAUAAUCCGAGCUUCAAGGUGAUGUAUUCCUUUGGUUGUUUUAGUUUCACUGUUGCUGCUGGGCAAACAUGGGAAAGCGUAGACUAA